CGUCAGUUGAGAAUCAGAACGCUACCCGGAACAGCGAUGGAGGAGGUGACGUUGCGCGCCAAGAUUCAGGCCAUGAAGAAUCUGCUGGAGGCUAAACGACAGAGUGAAGGUGGCAAAGCACCCACAACUGCAAGCUACAGCUAUCCGCGGCCCAAUUACGGCCACUACCAGUCGAGAAAGUACGCUGCUUCCGGACCAGUGAAUCGCUCGUGGAAUCGCUUUUCGCCGCCUGAUGCGGUCGUUAAUAAGAGUCACGUGGGGAGCGUGAGUACUAAUAAGGUGUGGAGGCGAGAGGAUACGUCUACUACGACACCGUCACCUGCGUCGAUCACUAAGGCGUGGAAGAAACCGUUGAAAGUUGCUGCCAACAAGAGCAAGAGUAUGCAAAUGCAGGUGCUGCGAUUGGAAGAUGGCGAGUACGCUAAGGCGAGCGGCGGCUUCAGUCUCGUACGUGCGGGAGUGAAGAAGCCGUCGCCCCUGACCAAUACGCCACAAGCCAUUGCUACUGCAAAGCCUAUGCCGGUGAUCCGCUCGAAUAGCAAUUCCGUUCAUAUUGGAGGGGUGAAAUAUGUCGUUGCAAACGGAGGCAAGGUCUUAAAGCGUUGCUCUUCGGAGGAUCACAAGGCGAACGUCGCUCACAGGCGAGGGUCGAUGAGCAUAACCAGCAAGAGCGCGGCUGCUCGCGCCGCCCUCACCCGAGCAAAAGCGAUUAUGCGGCGUGCCCGGAGAAGGCACUUGCACACCAAGAAGAACGUCAAAGUUCGCACGGAGUACUGCUCCUUUUACAACCGCUUCGGCUACUGCAAGAACAAGGAGGAAUGCAGGUUUAUUCACGACAGUCGGCGAGUGGCGAUGUGCCGAAAGUUCCUGAAAAACGAGUGCAACGACCCCAAGUGCUUGCUGUCGCACCAACAUGAUGAGGUGGAGAGACCAACUGACUUGUGCUUUGCUGGCUCGCGCUGUAGCUUCGGCGCGUUUCGGCAAGAGGCAUGCGGUCACUUGUGCUGACAGUUGAUGGUGUACAUAACUUUUUGUGGUGUAUAUUUACUGUAUUUGAAUGUGCAGAAUAAAGUCCCGGACUGCAAAAUGUUUCUACGCGGAGCGUGCACUCGAGAAGGCUGCAGAUAUCGCCACGUAAAAGUGAGCGCGACGGCGAAGCUCUGCGAGCCGUUCACGAAGGGAUACUGCCCUAAGGGAGAAGCAUGUCCACUGCGGCAUGAGCUUCCCCGUAAAACGAUUACUGCCGUCGCGUCAGAACAAAAUGAUAGCAGUAAGGCUUCAACUGUGCCAGGUACGUUAACAUCAGAGUCUUCGAAUGCAUUGCCUGCAUCAGCUAGCGAGAUUCCAAAGAACAACAAUGCGGAGCUGUCGAUUCGGCCGAACAUCCGCUUUACCUCCAAGCACAGCGCAGGCUUCCCGUCGCUGUUUGACGGCCUUCGUCGGACGGAAGAGUAGGUAGAUACAGUAGUUGCAUGUGGACAUUUAGAUGGACAUUCUAAAAGUUGGAAUAGAACUCGCCAAAUUCAAACAUCUG